AUGGCUCUCACUGUGUCGCUCGCGCUCUUGGCCAAGGCGCUCGGCGCCACGCCCCGGCGAGAGGGCCGCGGCUACUCCGUCCGGACCGGUCUGCUCGCCCGGGCUCGCAGCCGGGGCUUUGCCUCACCCUCAGCAUCGGUGGAGGCUGACGCGAGCUUGUCCGUGCGCAAUUUUGGACUGAAUGAUUUUGAGAACGCGAAAAAGAGAGGCCUCAUCACACGCGCACGCAGCGAGGGGCCCCUGUCGAGCACACCAGCCUUGCCCGCGGGCGGCCCGUGCCGCCUCCACUCCACCUCCACCAGCUGGCAGAGCUGCGCGUACGAGAUCGUGCCUGCCGCGCGGGCGAGGGGGAGGAUGGGCGUGCGGCGCGCUGCGGCGCGCGGGCCUGCGUUCCGCGAGUUCUUUUUUUGGUGUGCCGGUGAUAGUACUAGCACGCGCCAGUUCGCACCUGUGUCGAGCCUGUGUGCUGACGUCGCGAUGAGCUGCUCCGCGUCCACCGCGCCUCCUCCGCCGCCGCUCGCUCCUGCGGGCGAGGACGGCAGCGGCGGCGCCAUCGGGAUAGCGCUCUGCCUCCUUUCCGUGCUGCUACUCGCCAUCGGGAUCACCAUCCAGAAAUAUGCGCUCACCUUCAUCGAGCCGCACGUGCUGCUCGGAGACUGCUGCGGCACGCAGAGUAUACGUGGGCCGCUGGCGCGCGUCCCGCGCACGCACGCCAUCUGGCUCGCGGGCCUCACCGUCUACUUUGGCGGGAACGGCGUCUUUGUCCUCGCGCUCGCCUUCACGCCCGCGUCUCUCGCGGCGGCGCUGAUGGCAACCAUCGUGGUCGCCAACGCCGCCCUCUCGCGCUGCGUGUUGCACGAGGAGUUGCGGCGAUGCGACUACCACGGCGGGGCGCUGAUUCUGGGCGGGAUAGCUGUCACGGGCUGGUACGCGCCUGCCGAGGUCGUGUCGUACGAUGCGCCCGCGCUCGCGAGGCUCCUCUCGCCGACCAGCAACCCCUUCGGCUUUGGCGGCUGGGGCUAGAUGCGGCCACCUCCGCACCCCCUUUUCUCGCGCGGUCUUUUGGCUGCGCUUUCUUCGGCCCUCGCCGGACUGCGCCCCUCUCCGGGGACGCGCCCCUCUCGCGCUCUUUCGAGACAGAGUCCGC